UAACCAGCCGGCUUUGUCAACACACAAAACACAAACACACCACUCUCCUUUCUUUUCUCUCUCUCUGUUUUCUCGCAACAUCAACAACAGAAACACUGAAAACAAAAACGCUUUCUUUUUUCUUUUUUAAUUUUUUGAAAUAAAAAAUCCCAAUGCCCCUCGCCGAAAAGAAAACCAAAAUAGAAAGAUCAGUAAAUAUAAAAUAAGUCCGAAAACGAAAAAUACAAGAAAAUAGGUGGUUAAAAAGAAAAAAAAGAAUUAGCGAAAGAGCGCCAUGAGCGAGCACCAUCCACGGCUGAGCAAUCUACGGAGUACGACGCAGAUUCUGAGGGAAGCCACCACAACCUUCACGGCCAACUUAGCCACCUUCCUCUUCCUCUCCCUCCUCAUUCUCUCCUUCCGUACUGUCGUCGAGAAUGGGACCCACCUCGUCACCUCCUUCAUCGAUCGCGAUCCUUCUCUCAAGGCCCUUCUUUCCCGCCUCGACCUCGCCGGCAACCGUCUUCGCUCCCCCGAUUCACCUUCACCUGCUACCCCCCGCCGCCACCACCACCACCACCACCGUCGCCGCCCAUUUCUUCAUCUGACCCGUGUUGGGACCCUCGACGAUGAUUUCUUCUCCGGCGACGAUGAUGACGAUCGUAGCCUAUUCGGUUCCAACCGCAAGGCACCAGUCAAUGCCAGCGUCAUCGUUUUCUCCCAAUACGGUCUCAAGCUGGGGUCCUCCGAUCCAGUUGUGGAUAAUGGUAUUAGGGUUUCGGAGGUCAUACGCUACGGGGUCACUUUCAAAGUUGACGAUAGGGACAGCGAAAACGAUCAAGAGGAAGAUAAUAGAAUCUCCUCCGGAUUGGAUAACGCUGGUGGUGGUGGUGAGGAAUUGGAUCGGAUUGUGGAUUUGCAAUUCUUCAUAAAGGGCUUGGAGCUGGGCCGUCGGGACGCGGCGGCGCUGUUCUUCCUGGUGAGCUUCUUAUCGGCAGCUUAUGGGUGGGUGAUUCUAGGGUUUCUGGUUACAUACUCAUGGGUUUUGGGCAUUGUUUUUACCACCACUGUUAAUGAUCUAAUAGGGAGGUUUAGUUCAUUCGUGGGUCUGAUCUGGGAUGGGUCUAGGUUAGGACUCAAGAGGCUCUCUGGAUUCAUUCUCAUGAGGUGGGCCGUGAGAGAUGCGCUGACUCAGGUUCUUGGGUUGUGGUAUUUCGGCGAAAUAGAAGACCAGUAUUCGUUUUUCAAGCUGUUUGUGAGGUUGAAACUGAUGCCAUUCUCGGUUAUGUCUCCAUGGAUUCGAGGUUUUGAAAAGGAGAUUUCUGGGUUUCUGUUUACGUGGUUCUUAUUGGAUACUUUGGUGGCUUUCAUUUUCGCUGUGGAUGCUUGGGUUGCUAUUGUGGAUUCCAGGAAGAGUGGGAGAGAAAUUGUGAAGGAAGGUUAUUAUUUGAUAUCGACGAUGUUGAACCAGGCUGUCCAGAUAAAAUGUUUGGAAGCUGUAUUUUGUGGGUCGUUUGUUAGGUGGGUUUUAGCUCGGGUUUGCGGCAGAUCUUUUGCCAAGGUUUUUCAGUCGACCAUGGAGGUUUACUUUAUGGUUGCUUGGUUGAUAUUUUACUUUUCGGCAAGAUGUAAAGAUGCUAAUUCACAACGAAGAAGUUUCGGUCGGAGAGAAUUGGAGGGUUUGAUUGAAGGCCAUAGAUGAUAUACUUGGACAGACAGUUUCUCUUUGAGGCUUCAAUCGUUGCGCUAAAAUUAGCGGUCAUCAUUCGGUGCUCUGCUGCCGCAUUCCUGUUUUAAAAUUGCUGUGAUUCAGCAGUGGCAUUGUUUGGUGUAGCCCCAGCAGUGAAUUGUAUGUACUUUUUAUCACGAGGCAAUAUACUACUUGUGUAUAUUCUGAUUUCUGCACGAGAAUCCUGUCGUGUGUAUAUUAUGUUGCAAGCAUUGUUUUGAUUCCCUGCAAAACAUGUUCUUUUGGUGCUGAUAACUGUAAGAAAUUCAGAAUGGUCAUUCUAGGAAGUUACUUGCAUUGGUGUGCCUUAGAGUUUUCAUCCUCAUGGUCAUUUGAGUUUAUGCAGGACCUUCUUUUUUACUGGAUUCAAUGUUAGACGCUUUUGUUUUUCUAACUGUAUAAUGUUCCUCUUGCAGUUAAUGGAAGUGAAUGAGAAAAUUUUAUCAGAAA